CGUCGUCGACCAGUACGCCCACAGCCCUCACACCCAACCCCAUGAAGCCAUACGUGCCCACGCCUAUGAUGAUGAGCGACACCACUGACGGAACGGCACUACAACUGUCUUUCAUGGCGUCGCACAACGGCUUUGUGGCCAUGAAGUCGACUACUUUACCACAACUGCCAUUACCCCCAUCGUUACUUCCAGCGUCGGCUACGAGCGCCCAAUUAAUGAACAAAAACCUACAGCGCCUACCUAUGCCUCCCCAGUGCGGUACAAACAUAUCGGCGCUGCCGUUGCCGUCGACAUCACCCGUCGUAGACAUGGAAGAGGAUGACAUGCUUCGGGAGAGUCCACACCAGGCGUGCAAACGGCCCAAGAUUUUGGGCAAAAAAUCGUUACCUCAACGACAGCCACAACUUAACCCUCGAUGUGUCGAUGUUUUCAAUAUAAUCAGUCAAAUAGGAGAGGGAACGUACGGUCAGGUCUAUAAAGCCAAGGAUACCGAUGAUACAAUCGUUGCUCUAAAGAAAGUGCGAUUAGAGAAUGAAAAGGAAGGCUUUCCUAUUACUGCUGUGAGAGAAAUAAAGAUUUUGCGUCAACUGAAUCACCCGAAUAUCGUUAAUCUCAAAGAGAUAGUGACCGACAAAGAAGACGCGCUAGACUUCAGACGCGACAAAGGUGCCUUUUAUUUAGUGUUUGAAUACAUGGAUCACGACUUAAUGGGACUCUUAGAGAGUGGUUUGGUUGAGUUCAAUGAGUCCAACAUCGGACACACUAUGCGUCAGCUGUUGGAUGGACUCAAUUAUUGCCAUAAAAACAAUUUCCUUCACCGAGACAUCAAGUGUUCCAACAUUUUAAUGAACAAUAAGGGUCAAAUAAAACUGGCGGACUUUGGUUUGGCGCGACUGUUCAGCGCCGAGGAUAAGAUGAGGCCAUACACUAACAAAGUGAUCACUCUUUGGUACAGACCUCCGGAGCUGCUCUUAGGCGAAGAACGCUACGGACCGGCCAUUGAUGUGUGGAGUUGUGGUUGUAUUUUAGGCGAACUGUUCAAAGGGAAGCCUAUAUUUCAGGCCAACUCUGAACCCAUGCAAUUGGAGGCAAUCGCCAAAUACUGUGGGGCGCCCUCACCGGCCAACUGGCCUCUACCAUACGUGCCCACGCCUAUGAUGAUGAGCGACACCACUGACGGAACGGCACUACAACUGUCUUUCAUGGCGUCGCACAAUGGCUUUGUGGCCAUGAAGUCGACUACUUUACCACAACUGCCAUUACCCCCAUCGUUACUUCCAGCGUCGGCUACGAGCGCCCAAUUAAUGAACAAAAACCUACAGCGCCUACCUAUGCCUCCGCAGUGCGGUACUAACAUAUCGGCGCUGCCGUUGCCGUCGACAUCACCCGUCGUAGACAUGGAAGAGGAUGACAUGCAUCGGGAGAGUCCACUCCAGGCGUGCAAACGGCCCAAGAUUUUGGGCAAAAAAUCGUUACCUCAACGACAGCCACAACUUAACCCUCGAUGUGUCGAUGUAUUGAAUAUAAUCAGUCAAAUAGGAGAGGGAACGUACGGUCAGGUCUAUAAAGCCAGGGAUACCGAUGAUACAAUCGUUGCCCUAAAGAAAGUGCGAUUAGAGAAUGAAAAGGAAGGCUUUCCUAUUACUGCUGUGAGAGAAAUAAAGAUUUUGCGUCAACUGAAUCACCCGAAUAUCGUUAAUCUCAAAGAGAUAGUGACCGACAAAGAAGACGCGCUAGACUUCAGACGCGACAAAGGUGCCUUUUAUUUAGUGUUUGAAUACUUGGAUCACGACUUAAUGGGACUCUUAGAGAGUGGUUUGGUUGAGUUCAAUGAGUCCAACAUCGGACACAUUAUGCGUCAGCUGUUGGAUGGACUCAAUUAUUGCCAUAAAAACAAUUUCCUUCACCGAGACAUCAAGUGUUCCAACAUUUUAAUGAACAAUAAGGGUCAAAUAAAACUGGCCGACUUUGGUUUGGCGCGACUGUUCAGCGCCGAGGAUAAGAUGAGGCCAUACACCAACAAAGUGAUCACUCUUUGGUACAGACCUCCGGAGCUGCUCUUAGGCGAAGAGCGCUACGGACCGGCCAUUGAUGUGUGGAGUUGU